UCAUGUGUGAGGGGAGAACCUGAAUGACACAUCAUCAGAUCAGAGGGCAUGCACUGGUGUCGCCCGCCUCUGUGUGAUUGGGUGCUGACCUGUCGAUUUGAAUGCUGCGCAGCUGAUCUAUGUCGGCCUGCAGCGCCCGGUUGCCCUCGGUGAGGCUGAUCGAUAGACAAACACGAAGGGAGAGAGGUAUGCCGUAUUGAGGUGCGUUGGCCUGUCGGUUACGCACCUGGCGAUUUCCUGUGCCUGGGAUGUGUUCUGCUGCGUCAGCGACGCCUCCCUCUCAGCAGCAGCCCUGAUAGGGUGAAGAACACACACGGACACACACACACACAGUUCCGUCCGAUUCAUUGCGGUGUUGGUGAGUGAGUGCUGUGUGGCUGACUGACCUCUUGUGUCUGUCAAAGUGAUGCUGCAAAUGAUCCAUCUCGGCCUCCUUCUGCUGCCGGAGAGACCUCUCGCGAUCGAUAUUACUGAAAGCACGGACACACAGACGGUGAGGCGCUGCGUAGGCCCUGUGUGUGUGGAUACCUGGUGAGCCGCUGGUGCUGUUGGCUGAGCUGCUGACGGUGGGCCGCAUUGGCUCGACGCAGAUCGGCCUGGAGCCGCUCGUUGGCCGCCAGAGUCUCAGCGACGGUCUGCUCGCCCGCCACCUGGGCCUCACGCAAACUGCACACAAACACAAGAACACAGGGAUGGACAGCUGCCAACCUUACUGGAUGCGCACAGCUGCACAGGUGAUGCAUGUGUACCGUUCGAUCUCCCGACGGGCGGCGAGGGUCUCCUGCUGGAGAGCAUGAAGCUGCUGCUGAAACUCACGCCUAUAGUCCGACACCACAACCACAGUGGUGAGUCCCCCCUUCCUUCGUUCUUUUUCCUCUCACCUCGACACUUCGCUUUGCCGGUCUGUGCGCAUCAACUCAGCCUCGAGCUCAGCAACCCUGACAAGACCAGACACACUAUCACUGUGUGACCACACCCCGUCAAUCGCCUCACCUGGCCCGCAUCGCCUCGGCCUCCUCUCCACCACCCACACGACCGUCGUCAACGACCCUGGCGGCUCCUCCAUCGGUCUGUCCAGCACCCUGGCCAGCCAGGCCAUCGCCGCCACCAUUCCCACUCACACCAUCAGGCGACAGCAGGUCGUCAGAGUCACACCCGAUGUCGGGCAGCGGGGGCAUGCAAGGAGCCAUCGGAGGAAGAAGCGGCCCACUGGCAGCGCUCAUGGCAGCACAAGCACCAGCAGUGAUAGCCAGGCCACAGAGGGGGCUACUCGACGGCUCGCUGUCCACGAGCUCGAGGCCACCAUCCGCCUCUCCCUCUCCCUCCCGCACAGAUGGGCUGCCGUCUGCCGCAAUGGAUGGCGCUGCUGCGGCGGAUGAGAGAGGGCCACCCGAUGCCGCAGGAGCGGCCGGGGGUCUCUUGGUCUUCGGUCGUUUUUUCUUCUUGGCCUUCUUGCCGCCCUCGCCACGCUGCUGCCCCCCACCUUCGCCCUGCCGCUGCUGGUCGUCACUGUCGUCAGACACCUGCUCGCCGAUGGACCGCAGAAGGUCCUUCUCGUUCCUGCGCGCCGCCGCCUCUUCAGCGGCCAUCUUAGCACUGACGGCCUCGUUGGGCUCCUUGUCGGCUUGGCGCUUCAUACGCCGCUCCUGCUUGGCCUUGAGUUUCUUUCUGCUCUCGAGCUUCUCACGCAGCUCCUCGCGCACGACGUCACAGCGACUCUUGGGCUGGUCCUCGGCGUCGCAACCGGACACCCCGUGCGACUCAUUCAGCACGUCUGUCAUGGCGUUCUGCAGCACCGCUGAACGACGAAGUCAAAGUAAAGGCGGUGUGCCAUGCGUGUUCGUACGCGGUUGGUGGUGGCCAACCUACCGAUCUCCUCGAGCAGCGUGAGUUUGGCCGCGGUGUUCUUUUUGAUCUGCUCCGUGAGGCUGCAGAUGUCCGUGAUUUUGGCCAUGGUGACCUGGCGGUCGAUGCUGUCGAUGCCCUUCUUGCCGGCCUUGGACAGAGCGGCCUUGUCCCUCUGCACCUGGGCCUCGAGGUCGUCGAGCUUGGUCUGCAGCGUCGCCAGCAGGUUCUCGAUCACCUGCAGCCGCUUCUGCUUCUCAAACAAAGCCUGAAUCAUAAGCGCACAGUAGUCGGCAACAGACGAUCUGCAGCGUGUGAUCUCGUGUACCGCUAGAUGCACAGUCUCCUGCUCCUGGCCUAUGGAGUCUUGCUGGUUCACCACCCUGACGGCCUCUAAUCACAACACAACGAAGGAGAUAACAUGUGUGUGAUCUUGCCAUUUCCCCUUCUCAGCUCAAUUACCAGUGAGGGCGGUGCGCGCUGCGUCGACAUCCUCUUGAGUCAUGUUCUUGAUGAAAGGAGCGUCCUUGAGAGCCUCGAGCUGUCCGACACAGUUGCGAUACGUGGCCAGAUCAGCCGUCGUCACAGAGAAUGGGUCGUCGAAGCCAAAAAUCGAAUCAGGGCCGCGAUUCCUGGGUGAUAGGCUUUCGACAUACAGCAGCAGCAAUGAAGGCCCCUUUCUGGCGACUGUCUGCGCCCACACGAGAGGGCUAAUUGGGUCAUAGGACUGCACAAGGGCACGACACAGGCUCCGGCGGACUGGUGUAAACGGCCAAACGCCGGAAUCCAGGGCUGACAGACAGCAGCAGACAGAGAGGAACACACACACAGAGGAGAUGUGGGGAAAGGUGCUUCGGCUCCUUACAUGUGUCGAUCACCGAACGCCGAAACUUGUAUUGCUUGUUCAGAUCCUCGAUCACUUGAAGGUGCUUGUAAGGAAACGACACGCCAGAUGUGCUGGUAUCGGCAAGAGGAACGUCUAAACGGGAGCCACAGGCAGAACAUAACUGCACGGAUAUCCCCCCUGCCUCUUGCAUAUACUUGCUUCUGAGGUCCAGCAGGAAUGGUGGGCUGCUCCUGAUCUCCUUCUGCUCGGCCCGCAGCCCCUCCUCCCUCUUCUCCCGUGCCGCCCUCCGUCGGUCCUCCUCAGCUGCGUCAGCCGCCGGCGGCAGGCGGGCGUCAUCGGCCGCCCACUGACGCUCCUGGACCUCACGCGCGGCUCGGAGCUCACUCUCACACUCUUCGUGGGCCCUGGCGACGGCGCCAUGCACCAAUGACGCAAAGUUGCCACUCGACAGGAACUGCUGGCUGAUGAGCUGGCCCAGCGGGACCCGUGCUGAGGUACAAACACAUGGAGCAGAUUCGUGUACGCGACGGUUGCUUGGUGGCUUUAGGUACAUGAGAGAUCGAGGUCCGAUAGUGUGAGGUCCUUCAAUGUGGAUUGGAGGAAGGGCUCAUUGGUCUUUGCGGUGGCAGGCAGAUCCAUUUGCCUGAAGGGACACACCGUCGGCCGCAUGCACACUCGCACACAAAUCGGUUCACGUGGCCUACUCGAGAGUGCGUCGAUUGGGGUUGGUCUUCAGGCCAGCCGUCGCGGCGGACAUGACUGUGUCCUCAACGACGGGCAGCGACAGCUCGCCAACCGAGCAGAAAGACAGAACGAGCCGCGUGCACGCGAUGGUGCCGAAGAGGCGCUCCAGCACUCUCUGCGGACAAGAGAGAUGCUAACAGAGGAGGGAUAUCAGCAAGGCUGUCUCAGUGUGGUUAGUGCUCUUUCAGACCUGCAGUUGGUCGUAUCGAUCGGCUUCGCUCUCAGUCUUGGUCAAGAUCAUAUUGGACAGACUCAGAGUCUCGAAAGACCUACCACACAGGCCCUGCAGGCGAUACGGCAUAUACAAGUACAGCCCUGUCUGUCCCAUGGAUUCUCCUUCUUCUCGACGCCCCACCUUGAGCAAGCUUAGGUAGGAAUUGAACGACGCAGCACAUCCACAGACCGUCAGGCACCUGUACACACGCAUCACACGGCCUCAGUGAAUGCUCCGUUUCUGUUGUGCGCUCAUACCUGAGUGUCGUGAAGGGCCUCUCUUUCUUGUCGUCCCUCGUGUCGGCCGUCUGCCCUGUCUCGGUCGUCCCCUCGCUGUCCUCCGUUGAGUCUGCCGGCACGGCGGCCGACGAUGUGCUGGCGGCGCGCGUGACGUCACGCGAUGAUGACGGUGGUGGGGAGACAGUCUCACUGCUGCUGUCGCCCUUGCCGUCUCCCUCUGGCCGGGCCUUGAGCAAGGCACUCAACCGAUCGAUGAAAGCAGGGCUCAUAUUGGCAUUAAGCAUGGAUAGCUCGAGAAGAGAGGGCAGGCGGCCGAUGGCAUCGGCGAGUUGGGCGCACUCGUCAUCAGGCACCUGAGUCAAAUCCACACCUGCGGCACACACACCUUGACAGUCAGCGGCAAGUGCGCGUUCUUUUAUGGUCGCCUUACCCAUCAGUUGAAGCGUCAUGAGUCUGUCGGCCUUCUGGAGGAAGCCGAUGAGGUCGCUGACGUCAUCGGAGGUCGCUAAGCACUCCCAGUAGAUCGACAAGUCCAACAUCAUGUCGGGUGAAUACCUGACAGCAAGGAUGAAGCCGUAAACAUGAGUAAAUUGCUGCCCGUCAUCCCUUCCCACCAACAUACCUGGCCAAUGCCGCCGCGAGCCGAUUCUGUCUGCUCACUGCGAUCGACGCCUGUGGCACAUCCUAAAUCACACAGACACACACAGGACCAUAAUAAAAGACUCCUACAUGUCAGAUGGAUGUGGUCAUGCUUACACAUCGCGUAGACUGCUGCAUGAGGCGAUGAGCACGGGUAUGAGGCGCUUAGUUGAGUCCAAUGACCCAAAGAGCCGGAUGGAAUGAAGGACUUGCUUGUCCGACAAACAACGCACCAGGCGAUUCUGACAGAAAGAGAGAACACUCGUGAGGGGCCGUUCAUAUAUAAACUCUCUCUCUGUACCCACCUACUCGUUCUGCCGUCGUACAGCCUCUCUCUGAGGGUCGUGCUGCGAUGAGACCCACCGAUCGAUCGCCAGCUGCUCCAACGAACACACACACAGUGGCAAGCAGUGAUCGAUCGGUCUUUAUGGUGCGGCAGACCUUGCGACGGCGAAACUUGGCGAAGAAGUCCGAAACCUGCAGCCGAGCACAGGUGUACAAGCUUGUGGGCCUGCGUGUUGUUGGCACUUCAUUCACCUCCUGUAUGACUCUGUUUUGUGACGCCGCCGUGGGGGGGACGGACAGGGCAGAGAGGUCCACCUGCACAUGAAGGGCGUCACACACAGCAGCAGACACCAAGGGGACCGCGGAUUCGGUCAUCGUUGGCCCUCACUGACCUGCAGAACACAUUCGACGAUCGGGUUGUCUUUGCUCUUGCCGCUCGUCAGCUGCCGAUCCCAAUAACUGCACACAUGGAGACAAUUCACUCGAGGCGCUCAAGACACGAGUGGCGGACGCACCUGGCGAGGCUGUCCAGGACGCCCAUCACGAUGCUGACGGUGCUGCCAUCGGGGGCGGCGGAUGCGAGACGUGCAGUGUCUCGUGCCACAAACCCUGACAGCUGGGAGCACAUGAGCUCAGCCAGGCCCUCACACGAAGCAUACUGAAGACAAAUGAAAACAGGAGUAGUGAGUCUCCAUACAAAGAUGUCGCAUACAUUGAUGUGUUAGCUGACUGACCGUCUCUCUAUCGAUAAGUAGAUUGAUCAGAUGCAUGGAUUUCGAUACGAUAGAUCGUCCAUGGCCUGCAUCGUUGGCCAAUCUGCGGCUCUGCAGGAUGCUCAUAGCCGCCGAGAGGAAGCCUUGCUGUAUAAGAUGCUCACAGUAGCCCGAUUCUGAGGAAACACAGACGCACACAAGACAUCAUUAAGCGGCAUGGACCAUGCACCAUUACUCACCAGCCAUUGCCACUGGCACGAUCAGAAAGAGCAAGACCAUGUAAGCCGUCCACUGAGCGGUGGCGCGGUCCUUCAGCAAUGUGGCUAUCUUGCCCAGGGCAGCGGGGCUCGCUGACACACUACGGCACAUGGACGCCAGCGCACCUGCAUCCACACCCACCCACACACGCAGCGGUGGCGCGACGAAUCGACGACCCGCACCUGCGUCAGAGGUGAGGAAGAACAUGAUGCCUAUCAGCUUGUAAGCCCUGCACACAAUCGCCAGAUCACCGCUGGUGACCAGGGUCUCGACGAGAACGUCGAUGUGGCAGAACAUGUGCUGCUGAAACGCCCCAAGAUCCUCAGCCGUCACUGAGCGAUGCACACAACACACACAGAUAUAUCCACAGCAAGAUGACGGACACAUUUGCCCGUUCACCGCAUGAUCACCUGCAAUGCUCUUGCUGAGCAACACAGCGGCCUCCCAGACAUGGUCUGGUAGUGUCCGCCUCCCCAACACUGUGUCCACCAAGACACCAUGUAGCGGCAGCCGCUCCACAUCAAAGGGAUACCCAGCCUGACAAAGCCGUCUGAGGAAAGAGGCUGCCGCAGACUGAUGUGAUGGGUUGCUGCUGUCCUUGAAAAGGGCGACAAUGCAGCCCGCGAGGCCCAAAGAUCCCUGCUGUCGAUGCGCCUUGUCCUUCUUGGCCAGCGAACCCACGAGUCCCUUGACCGCUGGGUCGUCAUCCGGCAGCGAGGUCGUGAGUUUCUCCAGAUGGCUCGCGAAUGGGCCGAUGUCACCGGCCAGCAGAGCAUCAGCAGCGAGGGACAUGAUGGCAACAGCAUCAGAGCCCGACGUCUGGCCCUGCCGCCCGUUGGCCGUGUGUUGCUGCUCGGGUGUGAUGGAGGAGGGGGUGGAUGGAGGGAACGGGCGAGAGGGACUCGCUGGUUGCCGAUCUGCUGAUGCAGCUGCUGCGGCGACUGGCGAUGGGUCGAUAAUGGAGUGAGUGGUGUGUUGGGCGGUCUGCUGCUGCUGGGUGCAUGCGAAGAUGUCGAACGCAGUGGAGGGCUGACGGCUACCGCCCUGACAAUCACACCCACACAUCACACACAUAUGCACACAUGUGGGCAUGCACCUCCCUCGUGUCUGUCUGUCUGUCUGUCUGUGCAUGUGUGUGCGUGUCCGUACCGCUGUGGCGUCCACAGUGAUGUCACCCCCUCCGGACCCACCGCUGUGCCUCACCCCUUCCAUCAGCGCCGAGCCGCCUUCCUGCGGCUGCAUAGGGACGCCGCCCACAGCCGAUGGGUCGGCUGCUGGUGGAGGGGUGGCGGUGAGCUGCAUGGACUGAUCCCGCUGGGCGGAUGGCUGCUGCUGAUUCUGGUGUGUGUCGACGCCGUCAGUGGGCAUCGAUGGGCGAAGGAUGCCGUUGGGUGGCGAGCCCGCAGGGACCUCAUCCAGCAACUGCCGAGAGUUAGCUUCGUUGCUGUGAGUCGCAGGGCUGCGCUCUGCAGGGGAAGAUGCAGGUAGCGGGGCAGACGACGCACUAUCAGCUGUGCGGUCACCAGGGCCGCUCCCGGACGAGUCAUCGCCAGGCCUCCCACUCCCACCAGAUCCCUCCUCUGCCGACGUGCCCUUCAU